GGCCGUCCGUCAUCUCGCGGGCAUUCCACACGUCCCCAAACCCCGCAUAAAAGGCUGCAACUACCCACCCGGCCGCCCCGUCUCUCAACGCUCUGACUCUCACUCAGCUCUUAUGUCCAUAACUUCCCCACUGCUCCCACUCCACACAAAGUCAUCUUUGCUCACCGCAAGAACUGCAACCGCACUCCCGCACUUAGCAUCAGCAUCUCGCACGCAACAACUUCGCACCCCCCUCACUCACAUACCCCGCAGCCAAGUCUCCCUGCACCGCAAAAUGAUCACCACCACCGUCCCCAAGACAAUGCGCGCCAUCCUCGUCCCCAAAACAGGCGGCCCAGAAGUCCUCACCUACACAGACACCCAGCCAACACCCACACCCCUCGACAACGAAGUGUUGGUCAAGAAUGAAUACGCUGGGGUCAAUUUCAUCGAUACGUAUUUCAGGACGGGGCUGUAUAAGGCGCCGACUGGGCUGCCGAUGAUUAUUGGACAGGAGGGUGUUGGGAAGGUUGUCGCGGUUGGAGGUGGUGACGUUGAGGGAUUGAAGGUCGGCGAUGAGGUUGUCUGGCUCAAGUCUGGAGCCUACGCAGAAUACACUGCCGUCCCCGCAACCCGGGCCCUCAAAUUCCCCCCCGGCAUCCCGCCACAGACCGCCCUCGGCGCAUUCAUUAUGGGUCUCACAUCCUUAGCCCUCGUCAACGAAUCCCAUCAUAUAAAAAAGGGCGACAAAGUCCUCCUCCACGCCGCAGCCGGCGGCGUCGGCCUGCUCAUGUGCCAGCUCCUCAAAUCUUUCGGCGCCAUCACCAUCGGCACGGCCUCCACCGACGAAAAGUGUGCUCUUGCCAAGGCGAACGGCGCGGAUUUCAUGAUCAAUUACACCAAGGAUAAGGAGUGGGUGAAGGAGGUAAUGAGACUCACAUCGGGCGAGGGCGUGGAUGUGGUGUAUGAUUCGGUGGGGAGGACGACGUGGGAGGGAUCGUUGGAGGCCGUGAAGAGGAAGGGAGAAGUUAUCUUCUUUGGGAAUGCUAGUGGCCCAGUCCCACCAAUCGACCUACCCCUCCUCGCCGCCAAAAACACCAAAAUCAUGCGCGCCGCGCUGUUCCAAUACAUCACUACGCGUGAAGAGUUCGCGUUCUACUCCAACUGGCUCUUCGAUUUGCUGAAGGAGGGAAAGUUGAAUGUGAAGAUUCAUGGCGUUUAUCCGUUGGAGGAAGCACAAAGGGUGCAUAGGGAGUUGGAGGGCCGAGGAACGACGGGCAAGUUGUUGCUCAAGUUGUGAGGAGUAUGAGGAGCUGUUUUGGAACGGGUUCUGCUUCAGGACAGGUAUCAUCGAUGUGAGUGAAGAGGCGGGGGUCAUGGCGCCCGUCCUGGACUAUUGCAAACGGGAGUUUUGUAGUGAGGUACGGCCCGCUUCAGAUGGGCUACAUUUGGGAUUCAACACUGGUUCUGCCGCACUUCCUGCCUGAUACCCAUAUGUAGCCAUAUACAUAGGAAAAGAAACAAACGUGCGGCGUACA